AUGAGGUCGAGGGGCAUACCGAUCUCAGCGGACAGCGAAGAACAAGAACCAGGCUCGUCCCCCUACGCCGGCCAAGACGCAGUAACAGAACGCUGGACAUGCCACUGCGCGCACACCCCACUCCACUCUCAACUCGCGUCGGAGGAAAACGCGAUGGACGUCGACGUCGACGCCGCGGCGUGCGGCGGGUACGUCUACGUCUCGUGCGGCUGGGACACGCACUCGCAUCCGGCGCAUCUCCGCGGGCAGCGCGUCACGGUCGUCGUCGUGCACGGGCAACCUGAUCCUGCUCCUGCUCCUGUGGCUCAGGCGCAGGGUGAGGCUGAGCGUGAGGCGAACUUGAAAGUGGAGGGCGAUGUGCCGAUGCAGGAUGUUGCGAGUGUUGCGGCGCCUGUUAUGGUUGAGGCGCCUACGCCGGUCGUUGGCGAUGCUUGA